CUCCUCCCUCCUAUAAGUCCCUCCUCCCCACCACCCCCUCAUCCGCAACACCGCAGCUGCACCCGCAUCCGCACCGCACCAUCAGCGCGCACCAAGAAAGAAACACGGAGAAAAGAAAGAUCGCCAUGGCGCCGAGAACGUCGGACAAGACUAUGUCACCGGCGGCCGCGGCCACCGGACUCGCGCUUGGCGUGGGCGGUGUCGCCGGAGCCGCCGCCGUGGGCACCGGCCAGCACUUCCGUGGCGUGAGGAAGCGGCCGUGGGGCCGUUACGCGGCGGAGAUCCGCGACCCGGCCAAGAAGAGCCGCGUGUGGCUCGGCACGUUCGACACGGCCGAGGAGGCCGCGCGCGCCUACGACGCCGCGGCGCGCGAGUACCGCGGUGCCAAGGCCAAGACCAACUUCCCCUACCCUAACGGCGCGCCCGCCGCCGGUGUGAACAGCGGCAGCAGCAACAGCAGCACCGUCGAGUCGUUCGGCAGCGACGUGCAGGCGCCCAUGAAGGCCAUGCCGAUCCCGCCGUCGCUCGAGCUCGACCUGUUCCACCGCGCCGCAGCGGCCGCGGCCGCCGGCGCAGGCGGCAUGCGUUUCCCUUUCGAGGGCUACCCCGUAUCGCACCCUUACUACUUCUUUGGACAAGCGGCCGCCGCCGCCGCCGCCUCUGGUUGCCGCAUGCUCAAGAUUGCGCCGGCGCCGGUCACCGUGGCCGCCUUGGCACAGAGCGACUCCGACUCCUCGUCGAUCGUGGAUCUGGCACCAUCACCGCCCGCCGCGUUGGCGAAGAAAGCCAUCGCUUUUGAUCUUGAUCUGAACUGUCCGCCGCCGAUGGAGGUCUAGCAGCCGGAGUUUUUACAUGAUGACCGCUAGUUCAUUUAUUUCUUUUUAAUUUUUAGUAGUAGAAAAAUUCCGUGUACCUCUUAUGCCUAGACCCUCUUGCUUAACUGAGGGAAGACAUUUUUGUAAAUAGUUUUUUUCGCCGGCGAUGUAGUUUAAGAGAAGAUCACACCAUGUGUGUCACCUAAGACAUAUCCUGCCGGCGUUGUUAUGGAGCGGGAUUAUAUAUGUAUUAUUAUUAUUUUGAUAGUCAUGAGAAACUAUGUAGAAACCCUUCUAAGAAAUCAUCUUUUCA